AUGCACAUCGACCAGUCUGGAGCACAGCAACAAAGGAAGCGACCUGCAGGGGAGGGUGAACCAGCAAUCACUCUCAGCGCCAUCCAAGAAACCUUCCGCAGCGAGCUGGUAGCGGCAGUUGGGGGGAUGCAGAGCGAUAUCCGUACUCUCAGGGGACGAAUGGACCAGGUGGAAGGGCAAGUCACAAACAAGCUCCAACAAACCAUCAACUUGCUUGAUGAUAUGACCAACAAAUAUUACAAACAAGAAAGCAUCCUUCAGCAAAUGCAAGAAGCAGACCGUGAAUUCGACGAGCGGCUACGCCGACUCGAACAAAAAGAUACCCUUCGUGAAGCCAAGCAGCUCCUGCAGAACUUGGCGGUGGACCUUGAUAUCAGCGAAGCCUUCGUCCCGGGGAUCCGCCGCGGCUACACACUACUUCCUGUACCCGACCGACCGGGGGAAUCCCCGGCAGAGAAGCGCAAGCGUGUCCAAGCAGCCAUCAGCCGAGUGCGCCACGCAGCAGUGGAAGUGGGGACCAAACCUACUGGGGAACCGCAGCUGGCCUGGAUUGCGAUGUCCCAGUGGGGGACAGGCCGGCUGGAGGUUGAGUUUGGCACUGGAAGCACCUGGAUCAACAAUGUCAAGACGAGCUCCGCCACCACAGCACGACCCUCGACAGCCACGAGGUUACUGGCUGAAAAAGCUGCCGGGGGAAACUACCCCGAAGUGGGCGAGCUCCUGGAGAUCAUGGAGCUCAUGCAGGACUACGCUGUACUGGGUUUCCUGUUGGCGGCUGCUGCGGCGGGGGUCAAAGUGCAGGUGGGCCUCUACCCAGCUGAGGACCUGACGGCGCAUCCGUCUGAUGCCGUCAACCUAGACCUGGUGAUCUUGGACCACCGAGCACUGCGGGGACAACGUGGAGAUCGUGCACGAGAUUUCUUACGACGGGGACACAGGUGGGAGAACGCAGCAAUUGCCUGGCAGUUCCUGAAGGACAACCCUCGGAAGUUUGCGUCGGAAAAUUUGGAGGAGUGGGCAACCAAAGGGGAGGAUGACCUUCAUGGUGUCUAUCCGCCGGAAGUUCGAGUCGCCCCUCAGUCCCACUUCAAUUCCUACCAUCCGAUAACGUCUCGCUUUCAACAUGACACCUGGGAGGAGGGCAAGUUCGUGAUUGCAUUCAACGGUGUGUUGAGUGCAAGCAGUCCCACAGUGGUACUUGGCCUGUUUGCAACCGGCGUCAAUGGAUUUCCCAUCACGUCCCUGGAGCUGACGAAGGAUCAGUUUUCAAAGCUGAACUCCACUGGUCCUCGUGACGGGUUGGCAACCUCGCUGCUUCUGCCUCAUUUAAGUGCUUUCUUCAAGCAGGCGGAAUCAGCCAUCAAGAUAGAGUCCGGAGACAUUAUCAUUGAAGAGCACUUCCCUGACACAACCAUCGACGACGACUGCAACCACAAGGUUGAGGCACUCAAUGGCCACGCCAAGGGCGACAUCAAGAACUCAAGCUUCUUGACGGGAGGCCUGAAGGUUUCAUGGAAGUCUGUAUCUGUGUUCAUCGAUGCAGAGCUUGAUGCGAUUUUGGACAUCGGCGGUGAUGUCCGUGUUCGCGUCGGGAAGCACAUCUUUGGACACCACUGCACGCAGCUUGCCAGGAAGACGAUGGGCCUCAGCGUCGAUUCUGAUGGCCAGAACGGCAUCGGCAUCAACAUGACAGCCAGCAACGCCCACCUGGAGUAUCUGAACAGCACGUGGUACCUUUCCUUCAACUUCCACGCUGACGUUGUUGGAACUGUGCUGAAGUGGAACGUUGACAAGAUCACUGCAGAUGGCUGCAAGAUCAAGAUUCUGGGUAUCGAGAUCGCAUCGGUGUGCGGCUACGUGGAGAGGCAUGUGAAGGACAAGCUACAGUCGCUUCUGAACACGGUUGAGAGGAUUGAUGCUCCGAAGAUCUUGAAGAAGCUGCAAGACAAGAUCAACACCGCGAUCGGCUCCACUGUGAGGAUUCCUCUCAAAUUGGCCGGUCAGACGAACACGCUGGUCAUGGUAUGA